CAUCAAAGACACGAGUUCCGUUCUUCAAGUUUCAAUCUUCUCAUUCUUACGAUUUCCAUAUUCUUGUAAACCGGAAGCUUUUACUUGAUAACAUCACGGCUUCUGACCCCCAAAAUGAAGAGAGAAAGUAAGCUUCUGAUAUUAUGCACCAUUUUCAUGGCUUUCCCAUUGGUGCACAGCAUUUCUGAAGGUCCAAAAGAAGUGCAACAAUGGUUCAAAGAGCUGCCAAUCAAGCAAGAAAAGGUCACCAAGCUACACUUCUAUUUUCAUGACACGACCACCGGACCAGCCCAAACCGCGCAUCAAAUAGCCGAAUCCAACAUCAGCUCGACCACGAUCACCCAGUUUGGUCGAACCUUCAUGUUCGACAACCCACUAACAGUCGAGCCAGAUGUAAGGUCCGUGAGGAUCGGUAAAGGCCAAGGGUUCUUUGGUGCGGCAUCUUUUGAAGAGCCUCGGUUUCUUAUGAACCUCAACUUUGUGUUCACAAGUGGGAGGUAUAACGGUAGCACCCUCCAGUUUUUGGGCAUGAACCCGAUACUGCAUCGGGUUCGUGAGAUGUCUAUUGUUGGUGGGACCGGUGCUUUCCGGCUAGCACGUGGGAUUGCGACGGCUCAGACGUAUUUUUUGAAUGAUACGUCGUCCAUCGUGGAAUAUAAUCUUGUUGUGGUUCAUUAUCGUUAAGCGGCUUGUCAACGAUAUGAUUUUCUUCUUGAUUUCUGAUUUUGUUAUCCGUUUUUAUCAUUUCAUUCAUCUUUUUGAAAUAUCUCUAUUGAUUUUAGUUACUUUGGCUGUUUGGCAAUUGCU